AUCUUUUUCUCUUUCUCUAUUUUGUUUGAAUGUUAAGCUUAAAGAGAGGCUGAGUUUAGAUGGCAAUGAGCGCUUCUUCAUUGGUAAGAAUUAAUCCCAUUUCACAUCAUGGCAAAUCAUUCUGUACAAGAUUUGCUUAUCAAUCCUCUGGGCUUUCACUCCGAGCUUCUGCGAAUCCAAACCCAAAAGCCCGUUUCGUUGCGCGGCGGAGGGAGUCGACUACUGUUCAGCAACUCGAACGUCCUCUAGUUGAAUAUAUGCGAUUACCUGCCAGUCAAUAUUCUGUUCUGGAUGCUGAGAGGAUUGAGAGAGUAAAUGACAACACUUUCAGGUGUUAUGUUUAUAAAUUUAAGUUCUUCUCCUUUGAGAUUUGUCCAGUUUUGCUGGUUAGGGUGGAAGAGCAACCCGACGGGUGUUGCAUUAAACUCCUGUCCUGCAAGCUUGAAGGUUCGCCAAUGGUUGCUGCUCAGAAUGAUAAGUUUGAUGCUUUGAUGGUGAACCGGAUAUCGUGUGGUAGCAAUAGCAAGAAUUCGUUGGUGCAGCAGCUCUCUUCAGAUACUAUAAUUGAGGUGAGUGUUGAAAUUCCUUUUGCUUUCCAAUUAAUACCGAAGGAAGCAAUUGAAUCAGCUGGGACUCAAGUUCUUGAACAAAUAUUGAGAGUUAUGCUUCCCCGCUUUAUGGCACAGCUUGUGAAAGAUUACCAAGCCUGGGCUUCAGGAGAUACCUCAAGGCAGCCCCUAGGGACAGGUGAGAUUUGAAGUCAAGGAUCAUGGCAGUGAUUGCCAAAAAUGGUGAUAUUCCUGUUUUGAGUUUGUGGAAACGCUCCCUCAUUUUGUGUACAUAGUAAAUUCCCUUUGUUGAGUGCAAAAAAAAAAAAAAAAAAAAAGAAAUUCCCUUUUGGUUUGUAAAUUAAGGAUAAAAGGGGUUCUUUUCUUUUCUUCUUCUUCUUUUUUCUUUGUUUCUUUGGGAGGGGAUCCAGAAAAGUUACAGGUGGUUAUGAUACAUUACUGAUAGAAUUAUAAAGGAAAAUGAAUGAUGCAAAUGUGCUCAGCGGCUCAAAAGACAGAAAAGUACCAGCAGAUACUUCAUGUUGGCAGUCCAUGCAUGCCAAUUUUAUGACUACUAAUCCCUCUGGCGGCUUUCUAGAAUUAAUCCAUGGUUCCUAAUAUAAGUCAUCUAGAGGGUGAUUAACUAACAUUUUUCGAUUUUAUCCCUGCUGCAAGUUAUUAAAAGGAAACUUUAAUUCUAAUUCGUUGUUUCUGUAUGGCUAUUCAAAUGCCAUGUUUUU